AUGAUCCUUUUAUUUUACAAUAUUUUGGAAAUUCGUUUGUUUCUUGAAAAUUAUUUUUUAAUUUAUUGUAGAAAUCGUGGAACUAGUAGCAAAAAAAGAAUUGAUGGAGCUCCCCCUGUUAAACAUCCAAGUAAAUUCUACCGAUCCGCUUCACAUAUGGGUGGAAUGACUGCAUCUGGGGCAACUGUUUCUGCAUCGAUAUCUGAAACUGGAAGCAGCAAACCUUCCAAUAAACACCAACAACAACAAUCCUCAUCUCCUAAUCGUCUUCGAAAUUUGUCACCUGUUACUACAUCCAACAAUAUAAAUACUUCUACAGCUGUUACUUCUCUUCAUAUUAGCCCAAUGAUUGCCACAAAAAGAGGAAGUUGUGGGACAACAUUAGAAAAUAAUAGGAGUACUGGAAGUGGUGGAGGUGGGGGUAUUAUUGGCCGCCUUGGUCAUGAAAGAAAUUUAAAAUUGCGUAUUGAACCAUGCCUUUCAACACCUUCAUCUCUUGGUCAUUCUGGACCUUCAUCCGCAAAUCCAAUAUUAAUUAGUACUGCUUCAACUUGUUUUUGCACUCUUCCUUUCUCCACUUCAGUCUCCCCAAAAUUAACACCAUCAUCGGGUAUCUUUUGUAGUUCAUCAACAACAGCCUCUUCUUCACUACUUUCUUUAGAGGCAACUUCACAACAACCUUUUACACAAAUACAAACGUGUGGGUCUGGUUGUGCGGCAAGUGGUCAACAACAAUAUCAGCAUCAUCAAAUGCGUGUUUGUGCAGCUCAUCCUAGACAACCUUCUAGUCCUCUGGCUAUUCCUCACGUUUCUCAACCUGCCAGGUACUAUGAUAUUCAGUUGAAAAAAUUUCUUGUGUAG